UCGUAGAUUCAUUCAGUUUCCAUCCUAGGAACGUUUUCAUCGUACAUUUCACAUACAUAUGUAUAAUGGCCACGUCAAAGAAUUUUAAACUUUGUGUAAAUUAUUUAUGUCCAAUAAUUUGGUUAUUUUGCGGUUUUAUUCUCGUUGAUUCUAACGAACAAGCACUGAUUUUCAAUGCAGAUUUUCAAAUAUUUGACAAUAAACCCACGGAAGGACCUCUGUGUUUUACUGCUUGUCCUGCGAAAUCUGAUGAAGAAAUAAAGUUCAAUAAGACAAAGUCAUUAGCUAAAAAUAGCCUGUUUCUGAAAAAUGUCUUAAAUCCUUUUCUCGAAUACGAUAAACUUUUGACCAAAUGCGAAUAUCCUUACAAACCGUCAAUGCUAUUUCGUAAAUAUUCGGAGGAGUUUGAGAUUGGAUAUGAGAUUUAUUUUGACGGAGAGCUGCAUAAAAAGAAAGGAUUAUUGAUCUAUACAAAAGAUCAGUUUUCAUCGGUAGAGAAAGCAAAAGAAAAUUAUAAACCAAAAAGUCCCAGGAAAAGAAUAAUUCGCAAGUCUACACGCUUACUCAGAAAAAGAUCAGGGUCACCUGAUGGUACAAAAUCGGGAAGUGAUUCGGAAAAUGAAAAAGAAGUACAACCUCAAAGUGGUCCUGAUGAAACAAUGAAAGAUACCAAUGCAGCGACCGGUUCUGAAAGUGCAACUAAAGAAGUAGCAGCAGAAGCUGACAACACAAAAAAUGAAGAAAAAAGUGAAACCGAAAAAGACUGGGAAAAAUCGUUGGCAAUAUACUGGUUACGCAUAUUCAAUUUCAUCUUUGAUAUAGAACGAUUUGGUCCUACCGAAUUUGAAUAUUCUGUAGAUGUAGGUAUUGAUACGAAUAAUGCAGAUUACCAAUGCCCAGGGUAUGAGGUAGAUAAAGUAUUAUACGAAGAUGUCGAUUUCACUUCAAUUUAUGAAAAAAAAAAUCAAGCAGGGAUACUCAGUGGAUUGUCUCCAUUUUCCAAAUCCACCGAUAUUGACCGUUGUGGAAACCAAUAUGGAUGUUUCAAACAACACCAAGUAAUUCCACAUUAUUACUACCAUACAAGAGCUUCAAAAGAUGCCACAUGCUUUGCUGUCAACACUCUACCUGUAUGGGAAAGCAUCUCCGAUGGAUUUUUGAAAAAAGUUGACCGCUAUUUGUAUGAAAUUUCUCAAGUAUUGGAUUCUAAAGUCACCAUCACCACUAGCACAAUCAAUGUAUUGUCAUAUCGUGCUCAUGUACGACAAAGAGAGAUAUACAUGGAUUUUGAGAAGAAAAGAGUUCCAGCACCGAAAAUUAUUUAUAAUGUUUUGGAACAAGUAAAAAACGGAGAAAAAUAUAAUCUAAUUGUUGUAACCCAUAAUGAUCCAGUUCCACCGACACAAAUACAGCGUAUAUGCCCGCCUGAAGCUUCAGAUAAAAUUCAUUAUGAAAAGGUGAAUUCGUCGUGGGAGUUUUUAGUUAAUGAAAAUCCUGAAACUGGGAUAACUUAUCCUUGUCCUUGGGUGCCAGCAGCAUUAGAUAAUCUUGGGAUUUCAUUCAGUAGAUCAGAGAUUGGUAUUCUGUUUAUGAAGACACUUUAUUUAAAUGGAGAUGUUACUCAGAAGAUUAAGCAGAAAGUGGAUAAUUUUUUUAAAGAAUCUGAGAAGAAGUAAUAAGUUUACGUAUUGAAGAUGUUUUGGAAUGAUCAUUCAUAUUACGAUACCUAGUAUUUUUGAUUGUAAUUUUAUUUUUUAAGGUAGGGUAGUUUGUAAAAUUUAAAGAAAAAAAAACUAAUAAAAAUCAUGUAUUCCUGGGGCAAUAUGUAUACUUUUU